AUGCUGCGCCGCAAGCCCUCCAACGCCAGCGACAAGGAGCCGGGACACAGGAAGCUCUCCCUCCAGCGCUCCAGCAGCUUCAAGGACUUUGCCAAGGCCAAGGUYAGCUCCCCCGGGGUGACCGAGAAGGAAUUCAACCUGGAUGAGAACAUCCCCGAGGAUGAGGCCAGCAGCGCCGCCCCCGAGGAGCCUUCCCGGAGCAGCGGGAUGAAGCUGAGCAAGAAGUGGAGAGCCGUCAUCUCCCGCACCAUGAACAGGAAGAUGGGCAGGAUGGCCGUGAAAGCGCUGGCCGAGGGCAAGGGAGACGUGGAGGAGGACGGGUCCCCGUCCCCGCUGUCCCCGACCAGCAGCAUAGAAGAGCCAAGCCAGGACAAGGUGCCCCUCUGCUACCUGGAGGGGGAGGAAGAGGGGCAGCCGUCCCUGAGCCGCCAGCUGUCCAGCGGCAGCGAGGCCGCCAGCCCCGCGGGCGCCCACCGYGACAGCCUGCAGCUGGAGGAGCGCGGCCCGGCCUACACCGGCCCCUUCUGCGGCCGGGCCCGCGUCCACACCGACUUCACGCCCAGCCCCUACGACAAGGACUCGCUGAAGCUGCGGAAAGGGGACAUCAUUGGCAUCAUUGAGAAGCCGCCCRUGGGCACCUGGACCGGGCUGCUCAACAACAAGGUGGGCUCCUUCAAGUUCAUCUACGUGGAUGUCAUCCCAGAGGAGACAGCCCCUGCCCGCAAAAGCAGGAGACACAGCAAGAGCAAGAGGCUCAAGCCCAAGACCCUCCACGAGCUGCUGGAGCGCAUCAACCUGCAGGAGCACACCUCCACCUUGCUCCUGAACGGCUACCAGACCCUGGAGGACUUCAAGGAGCUGCGCGAGACCCACCUCAACGAGCUGAACAUCACAGAUCCCCAGCACCGCGCCAAGCUGCUCACAGCCGCCGAGCUUCUCCUGGAUUAUGACACAGCAAGCGAGACGGAGGAAGGAGACAGCUCCGAAGCCCAGCCAUCCCCCAUGGACCCCAAAGGGGACAUUCCCCGGGACUCGGGCUGCUUUGAAGGGUCGGAAACGCUGGAUAGCAGCCGGGACGACGCRGAGCUCUCAGGCCCCGAGGGGCAGCUGCAGGCUCUCCCCCUGAGCGAGUCCCCCUGAG